GCGCGCGCGCGCGCGCCUCAAAGCCGCCCCUGUGCCCAGCGCGUGGCGCCCCCUUCCCCCGCAGCCCUGGGAGCGCGCGGCUUGCUCCGGGCCGGCCCGCGCCGCGUCCCAGAGAAGGCAGCGGCCAGGCGCGAGCCGAGCGGCAGCGGGCGGGGUGUUGGGAAGGAGCCACCUGCCUCCAGCCGCGAACCCUGCCGUGCCCGGAGCUUCCCUUUGGCCGGGGCGGCGCGCAGCCGAGCUAGACGCCGGUUUCUACUGGCUUCGCCCCUGCGGCGCCUGAAAGGCGAGUGUGUCGGAUUUGAGUUUCGCAGGUGACUGGCCCGGGGGGUGAAGCGAUUGCGCCUGGCCUGUUGGAAGGUUCAAGGAAGGACGAAGGUAUCCGGCAAAAGCCGUUUCGCCGAGACCGUUCAGUAGCCGCCGCGUGCUCCGGCUGCAGCGCCUGGCUCGUCCCGCCCCGAGGAGCGUACAGUCUGAAGUGCCAGUGCCCCACGGGUCUCCGCAGAGGCACGUAGCACGAUGGACGCGGCUACCGCUGGAGCUAAUAACAGGAGUGAAUCAGCUUGGGGUGGUUCAUUGCAUCAUAAGUGGAACAUAAAGGAAAUGCUUGUAACAUGGUUGGAUGAGAAAAACCCAUUGCCUAUGAAGAGAAAUUAAAUUGAUGGACAGUCUGUACUAGAGCCAUGGGAUGUGGCACUUCUGUGACUGGGAGUCGGGCAAAAAAGUCAGAGAGAGCAAUUAAAGCAGCUAUCCUCAUUCAGAGGUGGUAUCGGUGUUACAUGGCCCGGUUGGAGAUGAGGCGACAAUAUGCUCUUAGCAUCUUUCAGUCAAUUGAAUAUGCUGAAGAACAAGCUCAGCUACAGCUGUCCAGUUUUUUUACAUUCAUGCUGGAUCACUUUACUCAUCUCAACGAGACUGAUACAGCACCUUCAUGCCCGCUACGUUGUACAGCUGCUACAUGAAACCAAGAAAGUCCUUAAACAGAUGCCCAACAUCAUUCAUCUGUCGACCUCCUACUCCAAGGAGAUAACCAUCUGUGGUGAUUUGCAUGGAAAACUGGAUGAUCUUUUGCUGAUAUUCUACAAGAAUGGCCUGCCUUCAGAAGAAAACCCUUACCUUUUUAAUGGAGAUUUUGUGGAUCGGGGGAAAAAUUCUGUUGAAAUACUUAUUAUCCUGUUUGCCUUUCUUCUUGUCUACCCCAACCAUUUACACUUGAACAGAGGGAACCAUGAAGACCAUAUCAUGAAUCUGAGAUAUGGCUUCACAAAAGAAGUUAUGAAGAAGUACCGGUCCCAUGGCAAAAAAAUUUUAAAUCUUCUGCAAGAUGUUUAUAGCUGGCUUCCCCUUGCCACUGUAAUUGACAGCAAAGUACUAAUUGUACAUGGAGGAAUAUCAGACACCACUGAUUUGGAUUUCCUGAAUUUAUUUAAGAGAAAUAAGAUGAAGUCUAUGCUGAGACCACCGAAAUCAAGCACAGAGAGAAACCAUGACCUGGAAAGAACUGACUUUGUAGAGUACUCUCCUAUAAUAAGAGUCAAGAGAUGCCUUCCUGGGCAAGCUAUUGCUGUCAAAGGAAUGACCAGGCCUUCAUCAUCUAGCCAUAGAAGACGAUACACCGGUGAUCUAUUGGAUGCUGGGGAGCACAGGUGGCUGCUUCAUGAUGGUGCUAGCUCUGGCCCGCUCCUAGAUGCACAGUAUCUAGAGUGCGGUGUUCAUAUGCCGAGCGUGCCUUCAGAAUUAACAGCAAAGGAAUGGAAACAAGUGGCUGAUAUUCUUUGGAGUGAUCCAAAAAACCAGAAUGGCUGCACACCAAACAAAUCUCGAGGAGGUGGUUGCUACUUUGGGCCCGAUGUUACUGCCAGGCUGCUUAAACGGUAUAAUCUGAAGAUGCUGAUCAGGUCUCAUGAAUGCAAACAAGAAGGUUAUGAGAUCAGUCAUGAUGGGCAGGUUAUCACUAUUUUUUCUGCCUCUAACUACUAUGAAGAUGGCAGCAACCGUGGUGCUUAUCUCAAACUGAAUCCUGAUCUGAUACCUCGCUUUGUGCAGUAUCAAGUCAGUAAAUGCACACGCAAACAGACUCUUCACCAGAGGGUGAGUGUAGUUGAAUGGUCUGCAUUAAAGUCAUUACGAGAGAAACUUUACUCCCGGAGAUCAGAACUCAUUGCAGCUUUCAGACAGUAUGACCCAAAUGACACAGGAAGAAUUUCUGCCACUGAAUGGGCCUCAGCAGUGGAAUCUGUUUUACAUCUGGAUCUCCCAUGGAGGACUCUGCGUUCUCGGUUGGUGCAGCUUGCUCCAGGUGGAAAUGUCGAGUAUCUUUCAUGUUUUAAUGAUUUGGAAAUAAAGCCAGCUAUAAAAGAGGUUCAACCAGCUUUGGUGGAAACCUUGUACAGAUACAGAACUGAUCUGGAGAUAAUCUUUAACAUCAUUGACAAAGAUCAUUCAGGUCUGAUCUCCAUUGAGGAAUUUCGCCAGACAUGGAAGCUCUUCAAUUCUCAUCUCAAAAUCGACAUAGAUGAUGAAUCCAUUGACAACCUAGCCCGCAGCAUUGACUUCAACAAAGAUGGCAGCAUUGACUUCAAUGAAUUUUUAGAGGCCUUUCAUGUGGUUAAUAAAUUUGAAAACAAGUAGAAGCAGAAUUCGUUUCAGAAGUUCUUGUCAGGAGCUUGCAUGUUUGCUGGUGAUAUUAUGCUGCACUGAGAAACAUAAUGCCUGUCUGAGAGAGAAUGGACUGCUCGUUCUGAUAAGGCAGCAUGGUAAACAUAUGAGGUGGAGAACCAGAAGCAUUGUGCUGUUUGGGGAAGUCAUUGCUCAGCCACUUGUAAACUGUGGACAGCUGCUACACAGGAGGAUAUUAAUGAUGAGAGAGAAGAGAUGAAAAACUUUAACUGCCUUCUUAUGGGGUGGUUGGUUGCCUGAUGGUAGAGCAGGACACGGCCAUAUUAGCAACUUGUUUGAUUCCAGUCCUUGUUUCUUUAUCGCCUGACCAUUGGGAACUUGAUCACUGCCAGUGUAGCUCCUUUAACCUUGUGGGAAGUUAAGGUGAUCUUCUUUGUGUGGCUCAACAACAGUCCUCACAGAUGAGAAGAAUUGAUGUACUCUGAAGGAAGUCCUUUCUGGUCCUGCUUGAUUGAUCAGAUGGUGUUUCCAAUGAGGGAUAUGAUAGGGAAAAGUAGAGAGAUCCUUUGGACCAGCUAUUCCUAAGGUUGAAAACUGAGAGGAGAAACACUCAUCUACAGAAACUAUUCUACAUUUAAACUAGUAUUUUGCAUGAUGCUAAUAAAUUAAUAAUUUCAGUUCAAUACUACCUCUCUUACUAUUGUUUACAUACAUAGCCUAUUAUUUAAAGACAAAGUGUUUGCUUGUUACUGAUUCCCCCGUGUGCUAGGAGAGUUAAUGAAAUUCUUUUGAAAAGCCUGCCCUUAUGUUUUUUUUUUCUGAAUAGGUCUCAUUAUGAUAAGAAUGGAGAUCCAUUAAGUUUAAACUCAAAAUACAUGUUAUUGUCUUGCAUGGGCAUAAAUAUGUGGUCAAUAACAGAAUAAAAAUCUUAGCUUUCAAAGCAAUUAAAAAUGUAGUAUAUUA